CUUUACACAGUUGCUGAUAUUUAAAGUUAUAAGUAAGGUUUGUAAGGUUUAUAACCACUUGUUUACAUACCUUACUUUCAGGUAUGCCAUAUUUAAUUGUUAUACUUUUUUUUAUUUACAUCAAAUUAUCCUAAACUUAGCAUUCCAGUUGUUAUAAUAUUACAGAACUACCUAAUUUUGAAAUAUGAAAUAGUUUCUUUUAGCCAAAGGCCUCUGUUUGUUUGAAGAGAGUUUUUGUAAUAUUUUCAUGCUUACAGCCAGUAUGUAAAAUCAUCACACAUGAUAGAUUCUAAAUAAAAGGUGUCUUCAAGAGUCAGCACAGAAGACAGAACAAGAGAGGCAUAACCCAAUUUUUUCUGAGCAAUCAAUAGACACUAAUGAAUUGGCUGAAUAUCCAGGGCAGUUUUCAGUGCAGUAUCCUGCUCUACUCUAAAUUUAAAAAUUUAUAUAUUCCUCAGUUGUACUCUGUGUCAUUAUUAUGCAGACAUGUGGGACGUUCCAUGAAAUAUUUUAAAGUGAAAAUAUGUGGGGAUUUUUGAGAGUGAGGCAACAAGGAAUGAAGGAAGGAACAAAGGUCAGUAUUAACAGUGUGCCAGAAUGGGGAGUGAAGACCUUAAUUGGACUGAAUUUCACAGGCAACAAAAGGCCUGGCUAGAAAGUUCCAGGUCUGGUUUUACAGGACCUGCUUUGUUGCUGCUGCAUUUGUUCUCUAGUGCUGUGUUAACAGUUAUCCUUUCUGUGACAGCCUCUCUCCCCAGCCUUCCACACAGAGCAUGAAACUCUCCCUACAUCAAACUCCCAGUUUUGCAUGUGACCCUGAGUUGGUAAAAGUUUUGGUGCAGCUUGUCUGUCUGGUAUCCAGUUGUGGCAUAGUAGCUACCUUGAGACCAUGUUCCCAAGCCUCUUCUUCUAUUAUGAUAAGCCGAUGCAAGAGCGCUGAGACCAGCAAGAGAUGAUGGGUCAACAACCAGAGGAAGUGGUGGAUGGUUUGAGCACUGAGGAGCUGGAGUGUAAGAUCUGCUAUUGUGCUUAUAAUCUGUCCAGUCGGCGACCCAAAGUGCUCGAGUGCUGCCAUCGUUUGUGCUCCAAAUGCCUGGCAAAAAUUCUCAAUCUGGGUGAGUCACCCCCAAACUCAGUGGUCUGCCCUUUCUGCCGCUACGUUACUAGUCUUCCUGGAGAAGCUGGUGGCAGUCUACCGGAUGACUACAACUUGAUGACUGUGCUGUCCAUCCAAAACCAAUAUCUGAAUUUAAAGGGGAGCAAGGGUGAGAUUUUGCUCAGCCCCGGACAUCUAAAUUCUCUGGUGGGUCACUCAGCAUCGGCAUCGCCUUCAUCCAUAUGCUCCAACUAUGUGGUUAUCACCAUUAUGGAGUCACUACAGGAGCGUGCCAUUUCAGCAGAUCACCGCUCCUCCAGCCUGGACUCCAUGGCCUCAGUGACGCGACGCUGCACACUGUGGAACUGUACCACGCUGCUGUGCCAGGCAUCAGCCCGAAUUCUGGUGUGGAUCCUGGGGCUGUUGUACUUCAGCUCUCUGCCAACAGGUGUCUACUUACUCAUCAUGCAGAAAACCACUCUGGGAGUUCUGCUGAUCAGCCUAGUGCCUGUCAGUCUACUCAUGAUCAUGGUGUAUGGGAUGUGCCGGUGUGUGUUCCAUGAGUUUUGGGACUGUAUGCCACCUUAAGGAUCAAAACAGGGAUGUCUCCUCAGUGAUUGCAGCACUCUCUGGAUGUGCCAAUGGACUGACAGGUUUUUGAAAACCUCAGUUCUCUGUUCACAAAAUGACUGAGAACAAGAAGUCAUAGAAAAUAGUUUUAUUUCAAAAUAUAAUUUCUAACUAUCAAGUUAAUCUCUAGAAUGUAUGUAUCUUUAUACUACAGUACUGAUGAAAUUCUCAUAUUUUCUCAUACAUUCUCAUAUCUGAAAAUGUUGCUUACAUUUUUAAUGGUUGAUGAUUAAUUAUUUUAUGGCUCUGACAGUAGUUCUGGCUGGAGUUUAAAUGAAAGGUUUACCGUAUUUGCACUCAUUCUUAUACAAGAUCAUUUCUAUAGUAAUAUCUCACACACAGCUUGUAUAGCAGAUGCUCCAUAAUCUAAGACUAAUAAUAAACUGAUUUAAAAAGUGUUAAAAAGUGCAGCAUGUCAUUGAUUAAUUAAUUAAAAACUGUAAUUGCUGGCAAAUUGCUGUGGUACAAAACACAGGAUGUGCUGUCACAAAAAAUAUACCAUUCUAGCUAAUCUUUUUUGUCACAGGGAAAAUCUAUUUAUACUGUGCACUUUUUCUUAGAUACAAAAAGAACUAUUAAAUUCAACAGUUGACUAAUAAUCAAUUUGACUCACCAAACCUUAUGAUAACAUAUUCAAGUUCAUAAAAAGACAUGACCUAUGUCAAUUACCAGUUCGUGAAUUAUAUUUACUCUCAGCAUUCCUUUGAAAGAAAUUGCAAUAUAGCUUUUGAAAUGUAUAAAUAUAUUUUAUAUUUAAUUAUUAUGUCUACUAUUUCAUUUACCAUUUGUUUGAUUGUUUAUUGUGAAAUCAUGGUUAUCACUUAUUUCUCUACUGAAAAAUCUGCUAUGCUAUUCUUCAAAAUAUGCUAUUGUAACUACUGGCAGUCUCCCUUCUCUAGCCUUUGUUAUAGAUAUUUUGGGCAUUGUU